AUGGCUCAUUCUCUCUCUAACGCUAAGAUCUUCUCCGUCUUCAUCUCCGAAGGGUUCUCAAACGCUGUUUUCAGGCGAGGGUUCGCCGCCGCUGCCAAUACAGCGUCGCAUGGAAGCGUUUCGAGCGGUGGAACCGCUUCUGCCACGGUUUUGAAGAAGAAGGUUGUGGAAGAGUCAAGCGAGAAGGCACCAUGGGUUCCAGACCCUAAAACCGGUUAUUACAGACCGGAAACCGGUUAUGAGGAGAUUGACGCGGCGGAGUUACGAGCUGUUCUCUUGAACAACAAGCAAUAA